CUUUGGAAGAGCUCUGCGCUGCACCGCGCUGAAAUACCCCACGGGAAUCCCCAUCCCUCCCCUCUGCGGAGCUCGGUGCUGCAGAAAUCCACCUCGAUGCGCUCUAGCAGUGGGAUGCUUUCUCAAUAUUCACUGCAGCAGCUCCUGGAAUUUGCAAGGCUGUAAAACUUCUGUAGCCAGGGAUGCAUUGCAAACAGUCCAACCGUAUCACAGGUUGUGCAAGCGUUGCAUUUCUUGCAGUUCACUGCAAAUUUGCAGGAAUUCACCUUGCUAUUCAUCCCAGUGCUGCAAUAAUGCGUUCUGUCCCUCCUCAGCAGUGUGCAAUGUGUCUCUGUGCCAACAGCUUCAGUUUGCUUUGAGUCUUUGCCUCUGGGAAGCAAUAUCCCUGGGUUCAGCAGUGCUGCCAGCAUCUGCAUCCCAUGCAUUGAACACACGGCAAACCUCAGUUCCCAGCUCUUGCAAUCUUGGGCUGAACCAAACAACGAAACAGAUUUCCCCAAUGGGAUCUGCAAACAGAGCUGAAUGAUUCAGUGUUUGCUGGGGGUGAGCAGGAUCCCUCUUUAUUUUGUGACAGCAGCAGUGUAAAGUGAUUACAUUUCUUGCUCUCUGUGCUUUUGUUAAGAAACAAAGUCCAUGAAGGCUGCAAAUCCAUUCUCCAUGCUCCUCAUGUGCACAACGCAAAGCGAUUGUUACUUCUACUGCCAGCGCCACAGCUCCACGCUGUUGCAUAGGGAUGUGUCCAAGUGGGGGACUCUCAUGUCAGUAAGGGACUCACAUGUGGCAAGGAAAGUGGGUUGCAGAGAAAACCAUCCCAGGAGGACCUGUGGAAGCUCAGCAGCUCCACCUGUGCGUGCAGAGCCCUGCGGAGCUCCUGGCCUCUUGCAGUGUUGCUGACUUAAAGGCUCAGCUAUUUCACUGGGCAAGAUCCAUCUCGCACGGGCUGACACCGAGCAGGCAGGCAAGGGUGUGAAGGACUGGAACCGGGCUCCUCUUCCACAGAACAGAUCUCACCUGCCUGGAUACAGAGCUUGAAAGCAGGACCCGAUCCUGCUGCCCUGGCUGCAGCUCAAAGGAAGAGCUCCACACAAAUGGGGAAGGAAGCAGGGAGUGGUGAAUUCGGGAAGCGCUUUGUUCCACCCAUGCAGGCAAUUGGCACGGAUGGGUCUACAGGGGGUUAAGCAAAGGCCCGUGAAGAAACCUGCCAGCUCCGUGCAUCGCAGUCCCGAAGGAAAUUAAAUGCCUCGUGCCAUAUGGUGCACAGCAAGGGGGGGGCUUUGGGGCAGCAUCCACCCCAGUGCACGGGGCAGGUGCAAGCUGGGGGCUUCCAACCCCAGCAAGAAACACAGCCUGCCCAGCACAAAGCACGGUGAUGGGGAAGCAGGGGGAAGGCUGACACAUGUGCAGCCUAACCCACUGGUAGAGUAGUGGGGAAGCAGAGCCAAUGGCUGCUUCUCAUGCUCAGUGAGUCUGUCCACCUCCCUGCAACCCCCCCCCCCCCCCCCGCUUCGAGUCCUUAAGUUGCAGCUUUUAACUAUCUCCGUGUUCAAAGCAAAUGUGAUGCUCAGCGGGAACAGAAGGCAGCGCCUGCCGGCAGGUGGACGGCAUGGAAAGAGCGGACAGCGAUGAUCCCGGCAGGACCGGCUGCUGAGAGGUCCCCUUGGAUGCUCCAGGUGAUGCCCCAAUUCACUUUCGCUUGCUUCUGCGGGCUGCAUGGCUUCUGCAAGAUGAAGAGGAAGAAGGAGGAACCCAGUGCAGAGCAGGAGACGGCGGUGUGAGCGACUGGGACAGGAGUGGGACAUCGGAGCUGCUGGGGGACAUUGGCUGUCCCCUCUCCUGUCGCCUCUAUAGGGAUCCCUGUGCUGCAGAGACAUUUGCCUGGCCAGGAGGGAGCUGAAACAUGGGAAUGCUCAAACUGGGAGGCACCAGCCCGCGUUGCAGACAAUACUGGGGUGCUGCAGCCAUCCUGCCACAUGCACUGAGCCCUCUGCACCCCAACAGCUGCAGUCAGAGGAGGAUUCCCCACCGCCCUGCCCUCACCCCAGCACUGCUCUGCAGACAAACCCUAAAAGGGUUUCCGAAAUCCAGAGCCAGCCCAUGUCCUGCAUGGAUUAAUAGUGCUGGGGGGUGGGCUGCCUCAGGGUGGUAAGUGCUCUCACGGCUGCAGAAUUGGCUGAACAUACAAGCAAGCUGUAUUUUUAAUGUAUUUUUUUAAAUUAUUAUUUAUUAAGUUUUUCUCGAGCAAAUGUCUGGGACUGCAAGAAGCCAAUCUCCACCUCUCAGCCAUGCCUGGCUCUGUAGCUGCAGCACAGCAGAGCCUGUUGGGGUCACCAAGCACACAGCCAGGCUCGUGCAGGGGACACAGUGGUGGUGGCAUUCAUUCCUGUGCCACUGAGCAACGCAGUCCAACAGGAGCCGGUUCAUGGUUGGCACAAAGGCCAACAGCCUCCAGGUGGUGUCACUGGGGGCUCUCUGCAGGGACAUUUCUGGCACAACCGUGUCCUCCAGAGCAGAAAUCCUUAAGUUCUUCCAUCUGCUGUUUCCCUUCUCUAUAUGGAGAACCCAAUCACAGGAGGCUGAAAGCGAUGCUCACGGGUGCCAGGCAGGAGAUGCUCACCCCUGGGGCUGCUCCUGCUCCCACUGCCUUCGCCUGGCACUGUGUGGCUGUUCCUGAGGUCCCCUGGGUCCCCAUUUCCCCUCCACCCUCUCUGUGCAUCCUUCCUACCUAUGGUUAAAGCCAUACAGGAGCUCCCCACAUUCUGUGCCUUUCAGGGACUGUCCUACAGAUGUUCUCCAGCAGCCGACCCCUGGUGAGGGUCCCCACAGAUCUGGGGACAUUGCUGAGGUCUCGGUAUCACGAUGCUGGGGCGGGUUCCAGCCUGCAUCCUUGGUCCCAUUUAUACCCAAAAUUCGAGAUCUCAUUUCAGACACUGGAGCCUCGGUGCCGCCAUGGCCAAGAAUUGAGAAAAGCAGGAGGGACAGCUUGUGGGGAAGGGCAAAUAAUUGGGGGACAAGUCUCUGGAGCAGAGGGAAUGGACUGCAGCAGCCUGACACCCCCUGGGAGCUCCCACGGAGGGGGCUGAGCACACUUGGAGAGCAAUUCCCCCCCCCUUGUUAAGCAGCUCGACUUUCCCAGGGCUCUCAGAGCACAUUUGCACAUGACAAACAGAGCUGUAGCCACCAGUGACAGCUGCCCUAUGGAGAUCUGUUGGCUCAGCCAACACCCAGAACCAACACAGCCAGUAUUUUAUUUUCUCAUCUGAAGGAUUUAGGACAAAAAGCAGCCAGAAGUGCCAAGAACAGAAGGUGCAGCUGAGGAGCUCUAAAUCCUCUCCGCUGCUGCGUGCCUGUGGGCUGCAGUGGGAAGCAGUGGAUGGAUGCUGGCUGUGGGAUGGCAGCAAUGCCUGGUCCUUGUGAACCUACCCCAGGGUUGGGGGCACUCAGAUGGCAGUUUGUUUCUCCCCUCUCUGAGCUCAGGUGAUGUGAACUGGGUGAUUCCCUGCUGGGCUCUGGGUGUUGGCCAGGUGUCCCUGCCUUCAUCACCGUGGAGCUCAGCAGAUUUCAGCCUGGCAAGCACAGAUCAGUGGGAAAUGCUGUGGUUAAUGCAGGCUGUAAUGUGUCCUCUGGGAGCUCUGAGGCUGCAGCAGCCUUUUACUUUGCAGUGCACACAGAGGCUCCCAGGGAAGCUGAAGACACCAAGGUUAAUGCUGAUACCCCCACCUUCGGGUUCAGCUGUUGGUGCCCCACUCCUGGAGGCACACAGUUGGUUCCCCCUAGUGAAGAUGGGGGGUGAUGACCCCUCUCAGGGCUCUUUUGGCAGCAGGGUGAGAUUCAGGGAGAUGAUGGGCAGCUUUUGCUCAGUCAGGUUUCACAGAGGCUAAAAUAUUGCUGUGGGUUGCGGGAGAGGUUCGUGACCUCAAAACCCUCACUGCUAAACCUCUUAGACUGCAGAUCCAUCACAGUUUGGCAGCAGAGGAUGUGCAGCUAACAGCUGCUCCGAGGCUCUGUCUCAAGCUGGAUGCACAGAGAGCAUCCCUGCAAAGGAUUCUGUGCAUGGAGGGAGUGCUCUGAGGGCUCCUGGGUGCUAAGAGAUGAGCUGAGAACUCUGCUGCAGGCUCUGCACUCAUGCUAUGCACUCACUGUGCAUGCUCUCCAUGGCAUAUGCAUGCUGCACACACUGCACACGGUGCAUGCCCAGCACACUCUGCUCUGUGCACACACUAUGCAAACACUGCUCGUGCCAUGCACGCCUGCAUGGUGCACACCACCACGUUGCACACUGGCUGUGUGCAGCAGCUCUGUGGUUGCUCAGGAGCACACCGUGGUUGCACACUGGCAGCUCUGUGCCUGCUUGGGCUGUCCCUAUGUCUCUAGUACUCCCAUCUCCAAUGAAUGAAUGUAGGAUUUGAAAGCAAGACAGGCAGAUGCUCACCUACACCCAUUACAUGUGCAUGUGAAAACACAAUAAAUCAAGCAGGUGCAGCCUGAAUGCUCAGGAGCCUGAGCUACAGUUAUUUUUACAGUGAACUUCCCACCUCCCUGCACGGAUGGAGCUCUCAGAGCAACAAUAUGCUUUCCACCGUGGCUCCGAGCAAAAUGGUUUGCUCCUGGAUUGACCUCUAUUGUGCUCAUAAACGGCUCGUGGUGCUUUUUGAUUCCCCCAUCAUCAUGCCUUGACCUCCAGAUUUAUGGUGAAGGUCCUUUCAGCUGCGUAUUGUUUCCCACCAGGCUCAGCCUGCCGCUCUCCGUAGCCAACCUGCCAGGAUGCUGCACUCUUCCUGCUGCCACCUGACAAUCCUGCAGAGGUCAAAGUAAAGUUGUGAGGCUUUUUUUUUCUCUUUUAUUUUAUUUUAUUUUAUUUGUUUUUUUUUUUCCAUUGGCAGCAUUUUAACAAGGCUGGGAUGCUUCUGAGACUGCGAGGGCUGGGAGCUGACAGCUCUCUUCAGAAGAGAAACGCUCUCCCUGCCUCUCUUUCUCUCUCCCCCACAUUUGCACAAAAAACCCCAGGCGUUUUUAUAAGCUGGGAUUUUGCUUCUUGUUCAGGAUUUCCUCUUGCUCUCCCGAGCGACAGACACACACACACACCGCCUCUGGCUCAUCCACACUGCUUUUGCUUCUCCCCUCCAGAAGUGGCUGCACCGCAGCAGCUACAUCCUACUCACGUUGGAGGCAGUGCACGCUCUGGGUGUCCCUCCAGUGAUACCCAAACACUUUUCCAAGACUUUCCCACCCUCAGGGUGCCCAAAGCUGAGGCUGCUGAACCACCCAUGAGUUGGCUGCUGGGUGCUGAGCAGCUCCCAGUCAUGCAAAGGGGACAAAGUGCAAGAUGCAAAUCGUGCUUUCCAUUGCACGUUGGCUCUGUGCACACUGCAUGACAUCUAUGCUGUGGCUUUUCAGGUUUGGGGCUUUUUUUCCUUUUCUUUUUACCAUUGCUCCUUAAGAAGAGGAACGCAGCACUCCUGAAAAAUGCAUUUCUUCCCACCAGCAAUAAUCCUCCUUUAAUCCUAUUUACACCAGGGAAAACAUCCAAGCUGGGGUGGGUGCAGAAGGAGGGUCCCCAUUGCACUCAGACUUUGGGGAUGGAUGGACCAUAGCUCAGCCCCUUCCAGCAAACCCAAGCACUGCCCACAUGGCACCUCCUGGUGCAGCUUUUAUGAAGGGGGGGGGGGGAGAAGAGAAGGGAGAAAACCCCAUUCCUGAGUGCAUCUGUGAGGUGUUUUGUCAGAUCCUGUACAAUUCCCUGAUUCCCCCCCAAUAAACCUGCACUGAUCGCUGCAGUUGCUGCACUCGCAUGGAGAGCUCUGCAGUGUCUAUGGAGGAUCAAAGCAUUCAACCUCUUUUUAUUGUCCUUCCCUUUUAUCCCACUGCCUGGAUUUCAUCACGAAAGGGACCUACCCAGACUUGUUCCUCAGGAGUCUCCCAGCCUCAGUAGCCAUAGAAACCAGCUAUUUUUAGUCUAUUUUCAUGAUGCCAGCAAAUGACUUUUCUCUACUUUGGAGAGACAGAAGACCAGGUCAGCCCCAUGCGUGGCAAAUGCAAAGCUGUGCAUCCCUUUGAGAAGAUAAACGUGGCAUUUGCAAACACAUAUCAACGCACAGAGCAGGUUUGUACUUAUUGUAUUUCCUAUCUGGACAAAUUAUUUAUGCAAAUUUCUAGAGUGUGGAUUUUAUCAACCUUUGGUGAUCAGGGUUUUUGCUAUGCGACAAACCUUGUCCUUCCCUGAGUUGGUUUUCAGCCUUCUUCAUACAAAUGAAAAAAGUUUUGGAAUCCGACCACCUGGCAGCGAUGGGGAAAUGCAUGGGAUGCAAUGGGCAAUGCCCCUCCAAGCAGAGAUGGGGACCGUUCCCACACAGAGCACACCAGGAGAUGGAAAAACACACAUCCCAAUGGCUUCUGCUCUGAUGGCUCUGACUGACAGCACUGUACUGUGAAUUCUAGAUGCACAUCAUGACUGUGGUUUGCACUGAAGGACUGGUCUGUUGAUCGGAUCUAUUCUGUUCUACUCUAUUCUGUUCUAUUCUGUUCUGUUCUAUUCUAUUCUGUUCUCCUCCCUCCCCUCCCUUCCUCUCCCUUCCCCUCCCCUCCUCUCCCUUGCCCUCCCCUUUACCACUCCAUCCCAUCCCUUUACUGUUGAGUUUUGCUCCUGGAACUGCACGUGUUUAUGCUCAUUUGUACAACCCCAAUUCCUGCACUUGAAGCCAGCACUUUCCCAGCCCGGCUGCGCGAGCACAACCAAAGGCAGCCUUGGCGACUGUUGCAAUAAAGUGGUUUUAUCAUCCCCUUCUGAA